GGAUCACACAAAUGUGGGUGGGGUCGCUUUGAUGCGCAACCAGACAGCAAUGUGCACUCCACAGCAAAGCCCAAAGUCCAUUUAAACUUCAGUAAGAACAAAUAGCCUGCAGGAGAAGAGCGGGGAGGGGGCGUGUGGGCUGCUUCCUUUAGUCUCAAACAAAGAUUGGUGAGAUAUACUCAGCAGAGAAUUACAUAAAGCUGUAAGGAGGAAUAACCCUGACUGGACAAAAACUGAGAGGGUACAGGGUGAGGGACCGAGCAGUUGCAAGUCUUCGAGUCGUGAGUAGGACGUUUAUUUUGCGCGUUUAUCCCUGAUUGAGAGGUUUUCUGUGCACCUUUUCCUACUCAGCCUCCUAGUAUUUAUCAUCAUGGCAUGGCCGUGCAUCACGCGUGCUUGCUGCAUCAACCGCUUCUGGACCGAGCUGGACAAAGCGGACAUAGCGGUGCCUUUGGUUUUCACCAAAUACUCGGAUGUGGCCGACGUGCAGCAUCUGCCCCAUCACCCGCAGCCGAAACAGAGGGCCGGCGCCAUUGCCAUAGAAACCCAGCCCCAUCACGGCGAGCAGGAGGCUGCGACGGCACCGCCCGCGACGGGUGCCGCAGCGGGCAAAGAUGGCUCUUCUGCGUCCGUCAUGCGCCAAGACUUCAAGGCGUGGAGAGUGCGCCCCGAGCCCAGCUGCAAACCCAGAAAUGAGUACCAACCCUCGGCGGCCCCGUUCAAUACCGAAACUCAGUAUCAGAAGGAUUACAAACCCUGGCCUAUACCGAAAAAACACGACCACCCUUGGAUCCCAAAACCCAGCCCCACCGCCGCUGCCGCCUCCGCCGCCGCUGGUGCUGCUGCCGCUACCACCACCUCCGCCGGGCCAGAGCGCAGCGCAGCGAGCGGCAAGCUGGAGCACGCGGCAGCCGAGGCCGAGAGCGGCGUGGAGAAGAGCGAGAUCGAGGAGAAGAUGCAGGAGAAAGAGUCAAAGGAGGUGACGAAGAAAAGCGUGAAGAGGGAAAAGUCAGCAGAGAGAAAAACAGGUGAGAAGACGGAGGGACAGAUGCCUGCAGAUGUGACCGCCGAGCAGAAGAAAGGCAGAGCAGCUGCAGACGCUCUCAACAGACAGAUCAAGGAGGUUAUGUCGACUUCCAGCAGCUACAGAACUGAGUUCAAGGCAUAUAAGGAUGUGAAACCAGUGAAGCCCAUCAAAGCUCCAUCUCAGUAUAAACCCCCAGUGGAGGAGUCCAGUCUGGAGACCAGCUACAGUGCCACAUUCAAGGGGGAGCAGGUGAAGGCUCUCCCCACUGACAACAAGCUGCUGGAGCGCAGGAGGAUACGCAGCCUGUACAGUGAGCCUAGCAAGGAGGCUGCCAAGGUGGAUAAACCAGUGUCUCGCACCAAACCAAAAAAGACACCAACAACAACAACAGGAAAGAUGGUGAAAAAAGCAAAAGAGAAGCAGAUUGCUAGUUCCCAGUCAGCCAAGAAGAAACCUUCUUUGACCGCCGCAGAACCCAAACCAGAGGGAGCUGUCACAAAGAAGAGCAAAGAGAUCAGCAAUAGACUGGCUGAGGCAAAGCAGUAGAAGUUACAUCUCCACACUUUUAUGUGCGUGAUCAAAGGUUACUUGACGAAUUAGGCAAAUCUCUUCCCUUUGGUUUAUUUCCUUACCUGUUGUUUUUGCUGUCCUGUCACAUAUUGUUCACCUUUGAAUGGGCACCGAUGUUGAGCUUUUAGGAUAAUGCAAAUAACUUUCACUGUAUACUGUGUGUGUGAAUGUGUGUUUGUGAGUGUGUGAAAAUAUGUGAUUGCUUGUGUUUUGGUGCACAGAACCGCUUAUUAAUUGAGCACAUCAUUUGCACAUUAUUUAUAUGAGUUCUGUUUGACAUCAGACUACAAAAAAGAGCCAUCUGUACACAUGCUACAUGUGUAUGAAAGGACAUUUUUACCAUUGUCUGAAUGGAUGGGAGUUGAGAGCUAUAUUAAAAUGAUUGUAGAAAAUGUCAAGGGGAUGCUUUUUCUCUGAGACUGUAUCACAUGAGAGGUUUUGUUAAAAUACAGUUUUACGGUUGCGUUCCUAGUUACAGUGCCUCCGCUGUAUGGUCCUGGUUUUCAUUUCAUUGUUCUGGAUGAUAUCUGGUUUCAUCAGUUUGGUUGCUAAGAAACCAAAUGACCUGUAAUAUAAUUGCUAAAGCUUGCAUGCAAGACCCCGUUUUUGGUUGAGUAGCAACAUUUUAGCAGACUAUACUGUAUGUCACAGUCACAUUUUAGCUUGUAAAUCGAGCCAUUAAAGAUAAAUGUAUAGGGGUAAGACCUUUUCAAAUAUAAUGCAUGUGUAGUAAUAGACUGAUCACACCAAAAGGUACAUACAGUAAGUAAAAUCAUAAAAUAGUCUAGUGGCUGUUAAAGCUAUAAAAUAAACACACCAGCAAUAUGGUUUCACCCACAAACAUAUUUCUUGCAAUUUAAAUGGAGAUCCGCUCCUUUAAUUUAACAGGAAUACUGCAGUUUUUACAAUGACUCAGUAUUUUGUGGCAUUGUGCUCCAUCAUCUCCUCUGAGCUGUGACGCUGUAAUUGUGCUAAAUAAGAAAAAAAAAAGAAGAGAUGCACAUAGGCCUGAAAACCUGUUGUAUUUACUCAAUAAUUUUCACUAUGAAUGGGCUGAUCUCUCCAGGUGUUGAAAGACAAGGAAUGGGCCAGGACUUGAAGUUCAGCUCUUUAAAAUGCUGCUGUCUGAAAAUGCGCAAACCACAUCUGUUCAUUGUGAGCGUGACAUGAGGCGUUUUUACUAAAAUGUCAUCACACCCUAUCCCUCUCUCCACUUGUAAACACAGUAAGUCGUCUGCCAUGAUACCCUCAGUGGCCAACAGUGUGUGAGGGCCCAGUCGAGCACUAACCACCGUGAGUCUGCUUCCAGUUUUAGCUUCCGUCAGUGUGUGUGUGCGUGUGUGCGCGUGUGUGUGUGCGUGCGCGCAUGUGUGUGUGCGUGAAUGAGAGACUUUUUUGUGUGUGACCUCUACAGCCUGCUGCCUGCUAGCAUCAAGUCUGACCCAACCACAAGAAGUGCUGCUAUGCACUCCAACACCCUGGUGCUAUAUCUCUCAUCAUAUAUGCUGUCUGGUUUGUACUGCGGGUGGCGUCAGACCAGAGUGAAAUGAUGAUAUGACAAUGUCAUACCGCUGCAGACAUGUUGUGAUUUUGUGCUUGUAUUCUCAGCUUGCUCUGAAUGAACUCUGAUUAAAAUGAUGAUACAGAA